UCUUUUGUCAUGAUGUGGAAAUAUUGCAUGGCAAGGCUACGCUGCCUUAUGUUAGCCGUAUGGCUAGUGGAGAUGGAUGAAAUCUGUGAUAUUGUAAAGUGGAUUUAAUUAUCGGUGUUCAAAACGUUGGGCUACUAACAAGUACAACUAACUUUGAUGACAUUAGCUUAACUUAAUAGCUUGUGCUUGUGGCAUCUGUUGGGCAUGUGGUAGGUUUGCAUCCUGUACAAACAUCACUUCACAACAAUAGCUCUAAUUCAUUAUCUCUUCAGGCUGUCCGACCCAGUUAGCCAGUUCAGGAGAUGGUUUUAUACACUGGGAGUGACAACAAUGAUGCGAUGCACGCAGAACAGUAAUGGACAUGUUCACUAACAAGUCAGUUUAUGCCAGUGGCAUAUUGCCAUGCAAAUAAAUAGCAUAACUUUGAUUUAUUUUUCCACUGCCUCUGGCGAAAGUCGAUUGACCUCUCUCCAAUGCCAAACAUUGUAUCUCUUGAACGCCAAUGUUUGUAAUGAUUCUAUUUAGGAACUAACCAGACAUGUUGCAACAUUUACAUUCACAUUCUAGUCUUAUAUGUUACUUUUGUUGCAUGGCUGACUACCGGUCUGAUGUAUUGAAAUCCAAAGUUGUGCACUGUGGAAUAGGGGAUCUUGCAACCUGUUGUGGUGUUUUGGUUUUGAGGAUUUUAGUUUAUUUGAUGCAUGGUGUAGGCCUUUAUGGGAAUCCAACGCUGCCAAUAAACAUGUUUGUCGCUUUUGCAUUUUUGCAUUGUUUUUUCAAAUGUACAUUCGAAAAAACCUGUCCCUUGGUCACUGUCUUUUUCAGCCUGCUAACUGACCUAAAUCAAUUCUUUUUCUACAUGAGUAAUGAUUCUGCAUCGCAGCUAUGGAAAAUGCGGAUCAUGCGCCCUGAAAGACGGGAAUGGAAAUAGAGAAACAUUGGCCCGUGUGUGCUGUGCCUUUGCUUGGUGUUUUUGCUAAAUGGAGCAAGCAUUCUCCAGCAGAAAUGACUCGAUAUAUCGGUCUGUUUGACGUGAUGUAGACACUGAAUAGCCUCUAUGCUGCUCUUUGCCGACAGAACAGACCACCGCGUAGCCUAAUAGGCCUACCUGUUACCCGGGUAUGGAGACCCGAAAAAAGGGUGAAAAACUCGAAUAGGUUACGAAAUGCUUUGGGAGAGAAGAGCGAAACGCCCCCACUAGUAUAAUAACCACAUUUUGGGGCUACCCAUCCAGGCCGUGUGCGACUGUAAUCAAAUAAGCGCAUCAGAUAGAUUAUAUAGAGUGGCUUCCCGGUGCAGCCCGCUAGAAUCUCUUUUUUCAUCCUCGCUCCGCGAGGGACCACCAUAUGGCAUUCCGCUCACAUCCUCAUCGGUCCGGACUAUGGUAACGAAUAGAGAGGGAACAGAGGAGACGUGGGAGGAGGAGAAACCGCGCAGGAGGAGUGGUCGCUUUUGAGUUGUAGAGGGAACUAAUUGGUUUAACCGUUCUGCGAAGGGCUGGCAUGGAGGAAAUCGGUAAAAGCAGAAAAUUCUCAUAAAUCAGCCGCCAGGUGCUAGAUGGUGGAUGCGAAGGCCAUGAGGCGUGCUGAGCCGGUCCUGCCAGUGCCAGUAGCUGUGCCAGUGCCAGUGCCAGAAUGAGUCUCGCCGUGGACGCCGGUGGCAACGGCAACGGGCCAGCAGCUCGGCACGAUGGCAGACAUUACGUGCUGCAGGUCUACCCGCGGCUGGCCGACGCCUCGGACGACUGCUGCCAUGUCAAGGUCACCAAGGACGCCACGGCCGCCACCGUCAUCCAGGAGGUGUUGGCCACGCUGGGCCUGGACGGCGCCAAGAGCUACGUGCUGGCCGAGGUGAAGGAGUGCGGCGGGGAGGAGUGGAUGCUGGAGGCCACCGAUCUUCCCGUCCACCGGGUGCUGCUGUGGCCCCGCAAGGCCCAGGACCAGCACCCGCAGAGCGAGGGCUUCUUCUUCCUGCUGCAGGAGCGCAACCGCGACGGCACGGUGCGCUACGUGCACCUCACGGCGCUCUCCAAGGAGCGCGAGGCCCAGCGGAUGGUGGCCCGCGGCUUCCUGCCGCCGCCCAGCAAGGACCUGGACGACCUCUGCAACCUGCCCUCGCUCAACGAGGACACCAUCCUGGAGAACCUGCGCAACCGCUUCCGCAAGAAGAAGAUCUACACCUACGCCGGGAGCAUCCUCAUCGCCAUCAACCCCUUCAAGUUCCUGCCCAUCUACAACCCCAAGUAUGUCAAGAUGUAUGAGAACCACCAGCUGGGCAAGCUGGAGCCGCACAUCUUCGCCAUCGCCGACGUCACCUACUACGCCAUGCUGCGCAAGCGCGUCAACCAGUGCAUCGUCAUCUCGGGCGAGAGCGGCUCCGGGAAGACCCAGAGCACCAACUUCCUCAUCCACUGCCUGACGGCGCUCAGCCAGAAGGGCUACGCCAGCGGGGUGGAGAGAACCAUCCUGGGGGCCGGACCUGUGCUUGAGGCAUUCGGCAACGCCAAGACGGCACACAACAACAACUCCAGUCGCUUCGGGAAGUUUAUCCAGGUCAACUAUCUGGAGAAUGGCGUGGUCCGAGGGGCCGUGGUGGAGAAGUAUCUGCUGGAGAAAUCCCGCUUGGUCUCCAGGGAGAAAAACGAGAGGAACUACCAUGUGUUUUACUACCUGCUGGUGGGAGCGUCCGAAGAGGAGCGGAAAGAGUUCAAGUUGCUGCAGCCUGAAGACUACCUCUACCUCAAGCAGCAAAACUUUAUGAUUGAAGAUGAAGAAGACCUCCGACAUGACUUUGAGCGGCUGCAGCAGGCUAUGGAGAUGGUGGGCUUUCUCCCCGCCACCAAGAAGCAAAUAUUCUCAGUACUGUCGGCCAUCUUGUAUCUGGGCAAUGUGACGUACCAGCGCAAGGCUAACGGUCGAGACGAGGGUCUGGACGUGGGUCCUCCAGAGGUCCUCAGCACCCUGUCUGACCUUCUGAAGGUUAAGGAAGAGCUGCUGGUGGAGGCUCUCACGAAAAGGAAAACGGUGACGGUCAAUGACAAGCUAAUCCUCCCUUACAGCCACAGCGAGGCCAUCACAGCGCGGGACUCUAUGGCCAAAUCUCUGUACAGUGCCUUGUUUGACUGGAUCGUCCUGCGCAUUAAUCAUGCACUGCUUAACAAGAAAGACAUGGAGGAAUCCGUACCGUGCCUUUCAAUCGGCGUGCUGGACAUCUUCGGCUUCGAGGAUUUCCCCAACAACAGCUUUGAGCAGUUCUGCAUCAAUUACGCCAAUGAGCAGCUUCAGUAUUACUUCAACCAGCACAUCUUCAAACUUGAGCAGGAGGAGUACCAGGCGGAGGGCAUCACCUGGCACAACAUCGACUACACGGAUAACGUGGGCUGCAUCCACCUCAUCAGCAAGAAGCCCACGGGCCUCCUGCAGCUACUGGACGAGGAGAGCAACUUUCCUCAUGCCACUGAUAAAACCCUGCUGGCCAAGUUCAAGCAGCAGCACCAGAGCAACAAGUACUUUGUGGCCACACCUGUGAUGGAGCCAGCAUUCGUCAUUCGCCACUUCGCCGGGAAUGUCAAAUACCAGAUCAAGGACUUCAGGGAGAAGAACACGGACCACAUGCGGCCGGACAUAGUGGCUCUGCUGCGCAGUAGCGACCGGGCGUACGUGCGGCAGCUGAUUGGCAUGGACCCCAUCGCCAUGUUCCGCUGGGGCAUCCUCCGCGCCACAAUCCGCGGCCUGGCCGCCUUCAACGAAGCGGGCAGACGCUGGGCAGCUAAGACAGCGGGUGUGGCCAGACCCUCUUCGAGGACGCCCCUUGGGGAGCUCCAGAGGGCCAACACGCCUGUGGAAAGGAUGUACCGCCGUACCUCAAUGCUCGAAUUCUCCUUUGAUCACUCAGAGGAGCGCCCCCUAGAGGCCUUUGAGGACAUCUUUGCUAGCUAUGAGAGUAAAAAGGACAUGCAUGCCCAAAUCAUCAGCUCCAUUAAGGACUUGCAGUUGGACGGUGAGGACCCUCGCAAGCUCCUGCAGUCCUGGGGGCGCCUGCGGUUCCCGCGACACGUCCUCCAGAAAAAUAAGAACGCCAAACAGAAGCAACUCAUUCCUAAGGUACUGUUAGAUUCACGCUCACUGAAGUUCAUAGUGAGCCUCACGCUGCACGAUCGGACCACCAAGUCUCUGAUGCACCUGCACAAAAAGAAGAAGCCACCCAGUAUCAGCGCCCAGUUCCAGACCUCCUGCACCAAGCUACUGGAGACGCUGGGAAGGGCUGAGCCUUUCUUUAUUCGCUGCAUCCGAUCCAAUGCUGAAAAGAGGGAGAUGUGCCUGGAUGAGUCCCUGGUGCUACAGCAGCUGCGGUACACGGGCAUGCUGGAGACGGUCCGCAUUCGCAGGUCUGGAUACGGGGCCAAGUACACUUUUCAGGAAUUUUUGGAGCAUUUUCGCGUUCUGCUGCCCAGGACGGCCACUGCGUGCCAGGAAGACAUCGCGGCUCUCCUGCAGAAGAUGGGACUGGACAACACUACCUAUCAGAUUGGCAAAACCAAGGUGUUUCUGAAGGAGCUGGAGCGUCAGCUGCUGCAGGACACGCUGCACAAGGAGGUGAUGCGCAAGAUCAUCUUCCUCCAGCGCUGGUUCCGGUCCAAGCUGGAGAGACGGCACUUUCAGCAGAUGAGGCAGGCCACACAACUCCUGCAGAAAUGGUGGAGGCGGCAUCGGGAGAAGCGCUGUCGUGCUGCCAUCCUCCUGCAAUCCCACUGGAGGGGCUGCCGGCAGCGUGCGGAGUACCAGCGGCAGUGGAGCGCCAUCCAGAGGAUGCAGUCACUGGUGCGGGGAAACUCUGCACGACGAAGAUACCAAACGUUAAAGGAAGAGAAAAGGAAGAGGGAAGAGGAGGAGGUGAGAAGACGGGAGGAGGAAGAGGCAAGAAGACGAGAAGAAGAGGAAGCCAGGAGAAGGGCGGAGGAAGAGGAGGCGAGGAGGAGGGAAGAAGAGGAAGCGAGGAGAAUACAGGAGGAAGAAGAAGAGGCUAAGAGAAAAGAGGAGGAAGACGCAAAGAGAAGGGUGGAGGAGGAGGCGGAGGCCAAGAGAAUAGAGGAAACGACACGGUUAGCAGCUGAAGCAGAGAGGGCGAGGCGAGAGGAAGAAGAGGCAGCCAGGAGCUCAAAAGAGGAAGAGGAAGACAAACCCGUAUUGAAGAAGGAGCAGCAGGCUGCUCCACAGUCCCCAGAAGCCGUAGCACCAGAGAGGCCUCCUGACAAGUCCACCAAUGAGGAGAAGAAGCCAGGCGACGCCAUCCAAUCAAAACCAGCGGUACAAGCAUCAAGCGCAGAGGAGUCUAAGGGCAAAGAGACCAAGGGCGAGGGCAGGCCCCUCAUCCAAGAGUCCUCUGAGGAACGGAAAGCCCCUGGUGACCCCCAUGCUCCUGCUAAAAACGGUACACGGGUUGAGGCGGUGCCUGAGCCCGAGUUGAAUGCCACCGCACAGCCCCAAGACAACGACGAUGACAAAGCUACCCCAGCUUUGACUAUUGAUCACAAAGAGGCCAACAAGGCAGUGCCUGCUGCUCCGGGAAAGAAGCAGGAGCCUGUAGCGCCACAACCAGCCGCUGCCUCAGGCUCAGGCUCAGCCUCAGCCAAGACGUCCAAAGCGGCUCCCCCCCAGCAGCAGCAGGCUGGCAAGGCCCAGGUGUCACGCAACCAGGAGAAGAGGGAGCUGAGGCGGCAGCGGGGCCUGGAGCACAGCCAGAGGGAGCUCCAGAGGGCAGCCUCGGCCUCCAAGGACGACCCCUCCCCCAGGCUCAAACACCAGGACAGCACGGGGGACACGGGGAAGCCCAAGGAGACUCCUGCCAUUACAGGGGACGGGAAACCCAAGGAGCUUCCUCCCAAUGUCGGGGAUACUAAGCCCAAGGACUCGCCUCCGAGUCCAGGGGACGCUAAGCCCAAGGAGCCUCCUCCAGAGAACAAAGAGCUGGACCAGUACCAGUUUGUGGCCUGGAAGGACAAAGGGAAGGCUAAGGAGGCCAAGAUCUCGUCUCCUGCCCUGGUGAGACCCUCCACGCUGUCCUUGGACAUCCCUGGAUCCAGGGUGCAACGCAACGGCCACAACGAGGCUCCCGUGUCCCCGCCGGGAGGGGGGUCAGCGAGCCUACCCGGCCACUCCAAGAGGGGUGGUGAGCAGGACAGGAGGAAGGGCAAGAGGGACACGUCAGAGAGCACCUCCCCGGAAACACAGAUCCCUAAGAGCAGGAAGAUCAACGCAAUGCGAGCUCAGGAAAGGGAUAUCUCGUUAUCGCUUGAUGACCUGUCCAGCUACGGCUCCCCUACUACAGAAGGUCCUGUAAGCAGACUGGGGAGGGUACGUUACCACCGCAAGCAGCGCAAGCGCCGGCUAGGCUUUGCACGCGGCUGCUUGGCCGUAAAAAGUGCUGAAAUGGAAGAUAUGGAGUACUGGAACUUUCCCUUGCCCCCUAUGAGUCCUCUGCCGACCCCCAGUCCAACGAGUCCAAAGAGCACCAGCCCAAAGCCCACCAGUCCCAAGAGCCCAAAGAGCCCCAAGAUUCCAAAGAGCCCAAAGACACUGCAGGUUCAGAGGCAGUCCAGCAUGGACUCGGCUGGAGAUGGGGCCAAAUCCAGGAAGUCGCCAGAGUCCACAGGCCCACCGGACAUGACGCAUCUACCACCCUCCACACCAGAGAGAUCUGGGUUCCUGAGGAAGAUCCUGAAGAAGCGAGAGAAAGCUCAGACGCCAGAAGAUGGGGACCUCACCAUGGCUCAGACUCUGACUGAACGCUCUGCCGAAGUUGCCCACCCCCCUCACUCCUCCCGCUCGCACUACCACCACCACCACCACCACCACCAGGCUGAGGCGGCGCCAGGCGGACGGGCUGUGGGCCGCAACCCCACCAUCAAGAUCAGCCGCGCCACGCGCGUGUCCGAGCAGUGGAACGCCUCGCUGGACCGCGAGAUCACCAACGCCAACGAGCUACGCCACUUGGACGAGUUCCUGGGCAAUCAGGUGAAUGACCUACGCUCCAGAGGUAAGCAGCUGUCUGCCACCGAAGACAUCUUCAUCACAGCCACCAGGGAGUUCAGAGAGACCAUCAAGAGCAUGUACUCCCUCUCCAAGCCCCACAUCGGCUACAAGCAGCUGAUGAAGAACUACCAGAUGAAGGUGAUGGCGCUGGCUGGGGAGAAGCAGAAGGCCGAGGUGCAGCUGGUGGUCAACCUCUUCCAGUCCGUACUGGAUGGCUUCAUACGCGGAGAGAUCAAGAAGGAGGAGGCAGAGCCCGCUAAGCCCACUAAAACACGGAAGAAGAGACGGAAAAAGGAUAAAAGUAUGGAGAGUCCACUGGACCACAUGUUUGCCACCUACCAGGUGAACAUAGUGCAGUCGUGUGACCAGUGCACCUCAUAUAUCUGGGGAAUGGAGAAGGCCUGCAUGUGUAGCUACUGCAAAAUGGUUUGCCACAAGAAGUGCCUAAGCAAAAUCACCACUGACUGCUCCUCAUUCUGUGCCAAGAAGAACGACGACGAGUUGGGUCAGCACAACUUCGGGGUGCGCGUGGGCCACCUGACCAACGACAAGACGCCGGUGCCAGUGGUGCUAGAGAUCAUGCUGGAGCACGUGGAGAUGAACGGCCUCUACACCGAGGGCAUCUACAGGAAGUCGGGCUCGGCCAACCGUAUGAAGGAGCUCUACCAGAAGAUGGAGUCAGACCCUACCAGUGUGUGCCUUGAUGACUACUCCACCCACAUUGUGACGGGCCUGAUCAAGCAGUGGCUCCGCGAGCUGCCUGACCCUCUCAUGACCUUCACCUACUACAACCACUUCCUCCGCGCCGUAGAGCUUCCUGAGAAGCAGGAGCAGCUGCAGGCCAUCUACAGAGUGCUGGACCAGCUCCCCAUGCCCCACUUCAGCACGCUGGAGAGGCUCAUCUUCCACCUCGUCAGGGUGUCCAAAGAGGAGGUGCAUAACCGCAUGACUCCCAACUCCCUGGCCAUCGUGUUCGCCCCCUGCAUCCUGCGCUGCCCCGACACCGCUGACCCCCUCAUGAGCAUGAAGGACGUUGCCAAGACAACCACGUGCGUGGAGAUGCUCAUUCAUGAGCAGAUCAGGCGCUACAACGAGAAAAUGGACGAGAUCGAGCAGCUGGAAUACGCUGAGAAUCUAGCCGUCAAUCAGCUCAAGCUGAAGAGAAACAACACGACGUGGCGGUUGCCUCUCAGAUACACCUCUCCCGUGGUGAGAGGCCCGAUAAGGGAGAAGGCGUCCCUGUCGGACCUGUGCGUGGUGCCUGAGAAUGAGCCCAUCGACUCGGACACGGAGGCCGAGAGGAGCCUGGUGGAGCGGAUCAAGUCCAUCAAGCAGGAGAAAGAUGACCUGGCCUGCAGGCUGCCUGAGCUGGACCAGCCGGGUUCGGACCAGGAGAACCUGGACUCGGAGGCCUCGCUCAGCUCCGAGAGUCUCCUGGACGUGCGCUCAGGCACCCCCACCUUUACCGCCUGCCCCCCCUCCAACACCACUAACGCUGCCCCCUCUACCCUGGCCACCACCGCAGCCCCCAACCCCUCCUCAUCCUCCUCCUCCUCCACCACCACCACUGUUCCUGAGACGGAAGGUGGGAGUGCUGCAGUAACGGUGCGUAAACCUCGCCCCCUAUGCCCCCCCAAACCCACAGACGUGGCCCAGCACCAUCAGCAGCAGCGCCCCAAGUCCUUUGUGGCCGAGGGCUCCUGGCUAAGUGCCGUGCGGCAGCAGAUCCAGCGCCGCAAUCCCAUCAUCCCCGGCACGGUGCGCCUGCCUCACGGCAUAUCCUCCUCCACGGCCAGCGUCGCCGCCGGGUCCGGGCCGGUGUCGCGCCACGCCCGCUUCCUCACGGUGGUGCAGCGGCGCGAGCACCCGGGCCGCCGCAAAGACAGCAUCCAGUCGCUCUACAUCGCCCCCGGCAGCGAGCUGGGCACCUCGCCACCCUCCUCCUCCUCCGCAUCCCUCCCCUCCCCCACCAACACGGCCACAGGCGGCAAGGCCCAGAGGCGCUUCUCAGACCCAGACAUCCCCUACAUAGACGACUAUUCCCCCGCAGGAGAGCCACACAGCUGAAGAGAAAACAGUACCCCCUCACUGAACCGAACUGAACAGUAGUUGGACCCUCUUGUCUUCUCCUCCUCUCCUUUCCUCCUCCCAUCUCCUCCCCUGUCUUCUCUCCUCUCCUUUCCUCCUUUCAGCUCCUCUCCUGUCUUCUCUCCUCUCCUUUCCUCCUUUCCUCCUCUCAGCUCCUCUUCUCAUCUCCUCUCCUGUCUCCUGUCCUCUCAUCUCCUUUCCUGCCGUCUCUUCUCUUUUCUCCUCUCCCGUCUCGUCCUCUCCUCUCCUCCCCUCCUCUCCCCUCCUCUGCUCUCUCCUCUCCCCUGCUCUCCUCUGCUCUCUCCUCUCCCCUGCUCUCCUCUGCUCUCCUCUGCUCUCUCCUCUCCUCUCCUGCUCUCCUCCUCUCCUCUCCUGUCUAGGUAUUACUCAUGGGUGUGUUGCUCUGGUCCCAGUUCUCUCAGACUCUGAAUGUGGCUCCUCAGCUCUCCCAAUGCUGCGCCUCUGGGAUACACCAGCUACACUCAGUUCACGAGCAGCCGAGGAAUGAAUGCUAUACCAUUAUGUGUAUUUCAUUAUUUUUAUUUUCAUUUUUAUUUUUUAUUAUUUUAAGUUUCUCACCAAGCACUUUUUUAAUGCUGUUAAUAUAUUGUUGUUGAUUUUUUGUUUGUUGUAAUUCUUUAAGGACCAUUAUUGAUGGGCUUACAGUACAUUACAGGCACAGAGACUAUGGAUGAGACCUGAGCUGUACAGUAAUACUUGUAGAGGUGGCAGCGUAUUGUCACGUGUCAGGACAAGUGCACCUUUUCUCACCUCCUGGUUAUGAUCUGGACAUGGUUAUCGGAGAAAGCAAACUCAACUCAACUCUGCAGAAUUACUCAGCUGUGCCUUCAUCAGUGUCUUUGUACAAACAUUCUCUCUGUAAACAUCCUCUCCUUAAAGCAUUUAUUAGUCAUGAAUGAAUGAGUGGAUGGAUCUUUUUAUGGCUGUGAUGUGUGUGUUCUUUUAUGUAGGAGGGAUGGGGGGUGAAGUGUAUGUACAACUCUAGUCAUGUCCAGUCCAGUGCAGGGGGGUAUAGUAUACUAAGAAGGUGGUAAAGUGGUAAACCAGGUUAAGUUAACCUUGUGAUAGAGGUCAUCAUCUAAUAGAAGAGCCCAGAAUCCUCAUUUUCCUAAGUAAGUGAUGCCUGCAGGUAUAUCUAUUAGCAGGUUUACCACCUCCUAUAGGUUAACUGUCUGGUUUAUCAUGUUCUUAGUAUACACCUUUGGACCAAACACUCAUUGGGGAAGAGAUGAUGGAACAGGUCUGGAUAAUGAGACAUUUUAUUAUGCUCUUCAUCAACUACCCUAUGAUCCUGCCUGCUCCCCACACGGACAGAAACACAAAUACACAUGCACCCAAGAGGACAGACACACACACACACACACACACACACACACACACACACACACACACACACACACACACACACACACACACACACACACACACACACACACACACACACACACACACACACACACACACACACACACACACGCACGCACGCACGCAUAGCCGCAGACAGAAUCACAGUGCGAACAUUCAUCGUCAAUGUUGGGAUUGUUCAGUUCCACUGCUAUCUGCUAACAAAGGGAAUAUGGGAGCUGCACAAGCCACUUUGUCUAAGACAGUCAACAAAGCAGUUCACCCUACCAGGAGUUUUUUUUGUCCAGUUUUACGUCUAUGUUUUUUGUUUUUGUUUUGUUUUCUUUUCUUUUUCCCAAAAAUACAAAACAAAAUCCAUUUUUCCUCUAAGUCCUUCAUCAUGUUGCUCUUCUUGUUCUCUGUGGACUGAUGGACACUCUUCAGUGACAUGGGAUUUUUUAUUAUUGUUGUUGUUAUUAUUGAACACGGACAAUAUUGAAGGAUUUAAAACCUUCUGCUUGACGAUAGCCAUGGUGUUUUUUUAAAUACUAAUGUCAUUAAAACUGCUGAUGGACAGAGCUUGUGCUGUACCGAAUGAAUGCUGGUCUAGUGUUGAUACAUACGUGGAUGUGUUCAUCGUGGAUUCUAAAAGAAAAAGAGCGUGCAGUGCAGACCAUUCGUUUUUGUCAUUAGUCAUGUCUUUUUUUUUUGGCGUGUUAAGACUAUGGAAAAAUGAUUAACUCUUUUUUUAUUUUCUUACAAUGCAAUUUGUACUGGCUGCAGGUUUGAAUGUCAAGUGUUUGUGUAUAUAUUUAUUGUAGUCAUCACCCCUCUCGCAGUUGCUCUGCAAAUGCCUACAAAAGCAUACAGCUUAUGCUCCCCUUGGACCGACGUGUCAAUAUAUAAUACAUUUUCAGAACA